CUAAAAUAAUUAAUAUUAUAUUUUUUUAUGCUUUCACGCUUAAUUUUUCAUUAUCGCAAUUACUGUUCAGUGAAUCACGUCAAAUCCACAAAGGAGAAUAAUUGCAAAUUUAAAAUUUUAAUGGUGUAGAGUGCCGGUACAAAGUCACGACGAGCAAAUUACGAGCUCCUGGCACUGCGUUUCAUAGUGUCCUACACAAAUCAAAGGCGUUGUUAGAGUUUAAUUUAUUUUUAAUAGUUCUUCAAACAAAAAAAAUUUGUAUUCACCGUGUAAUUAUUUUUACUAGGAAAAUCUAUCUAAUUUCAACACUUUACUUCCUGGCAUAGGGCUUGUAAUUAUGAUUUGUCUCAGGAUCCGUAAAAUCUAAUGCCAGCACUGAUGGUGCCUUAUAUCCACGAUAUAAAACUAAGGGACACUGGAAGCCACUCAAUGAACAGAAUGGGUUUAAAAAGUGUACUUUUUAGGAAAAUCGAUUUUAUUUUGUUAGUUAUAUAUAGUUUUCUUAUAUGCAAAUCGACCGAAUCUGUAGUCUUUCAUAAAUUGGUUGAUACUUCUACAGAUUCUUACGAUGUUACAUUGGUAUGCAAAUUAAAAGAAAAUUGCACUUAUUUAAAUUCAUACGAUAAUAUAACUUCAAUUAUUUAUGAAGAAAAUUAUUUUUGCUGUAAUAAUGCAGAAAUACAUUCUCGAACUAAUGCCAUAAGCUUGCCAGUAUAUUUUAAUGGACGAGUUCUGAAAUCAGGAAAAAAAAGUCUUGAGUUUAUUGUCGAUUCUUUUUAUCCAAAUAGUAUAUAUUCAAAAAAUCAUGUGGAAUACGAUUCGAAAUACUACACCAUCUCAAAUAGUAUUAAUUAUGAUAAUUAUCACUAUGGACACAGAAAUAAAUUUAUACAGGGUAAUUCAUUAAUGUUUAAAAGCUAUGAAUAUGGAAAAUCAUUUAAAAUUGAUUGGAUUCAAGAUGAAACUGCGACAGGGUGUAUAUCAAUGACGUAUUUUAAAAUAAUGUCUGAAUAUCACUCAUCAGCAAUCUGGCUUUUAAGAAUAUAUCAGGAUGAUGAAUUAUUAGAAGAAUAUAAGCUACAAGACACAGAUAAUGAAUUUAAAACAUUGAUAAUGAAAUUUAAUAGAUCAUUUGAAAAAAAUAAAAAGUAUUAUUUAACUAUUAACAAAAAUAAUUACAAUGAUUAUUCAGUAUUUGUCCUAAAACGAAUAGCUCAAUGUACAGAUUCUGGUAAAGUAGAAGAUGUUUAUGAAAUAAAUAAUACAGAAAAUAUUAGCCUAACUCCUACAAUGUAUAUAUAUCCAAGUAAAACUCAGAUAAUGACUGCGAAUACCAAUUCAUCUAUAGAAUGCAGUAAAAAUAAAUAUGGAGCUGAUUGUUCUGCCAGGUGUUCACAAAAGAAGACUUUUUGUAAGAACAUGUUGUUUUGCACAUAUAGUAAUGGAUGUUCUUGUGCAGCUGGAUACACUGGACCUUUAUGCAAUAAAGAAUGUUCUAAAGGAACUUACGGUCGCAGAUGUCAAAAAAUAUGUUCCGAAAAUUGUAAAACUCACUGCGAUAAUAUCUUAGGAACUUGUAAAGGAGGAUGUAAAAAUAAUUUCAUUUUACCAUAUUGUAUUGAAAAAUAUCCAGUUCUAAUCGAACCACCUAAAUUGGAAUUUUCAGAUUUUCAUUCAAUAAAUUUAAUUUUAAAUUUAACAAAUGAAAAUAUAUUUGGAAGCAAAAGUAAUAUUCCGUCAUUUUAUCAGAUUGUAUACAAGCCAACUUCAAGUGAAUUAGAUUUUCAGUAUUUACCAAUAACAGAUAUAGAUGAAGAAGCUUUUUUUCUUAAAAACAAAAUAAGCAAUUUAGAAGCAGGAUCAAUGUAUACGGUUGGUGUAAUAUUGAUUACAAAAGACGGAAACUCAAAUAAAGAUGAUAUAAACACUGCUAACUAUUUCACACAAUGCUUUA